AUGCCAACCACCACGCAGCAUCACCACGUCAUCAUCCCCCAAGACGAAAACGCCGAAUCCCACAUCAUAAACGGCAACAUCCCCCUCCGCUCCUCCCCAGGAACUCCCCUCUCCACCCUCCACCAUCCUCUCCCCCGCAAAAACCACAAAAAGAAACCCCUCAUCCGCCCUCACACCCUCCCUUCUCCUCUUGCAGUAUCUCUCCCAACUCUACGUCUAACAGCGCACAUCGGCCUCCUACUCCAACAACAACAACAACAACACACCUUUCAAGAAGAAGAUUUCCUCCAGGAAAUAAAAUCUCUCGUAAAGAUCAAAGGAGCUCUGAAUGAGCAGAUUCGCGCUGUGGGAGGGUUUCAAAAUUUGGCGGUUGGUGGGCUUGCUGCGCAGAGGGAAAUUUUUUCGGAUAUGAGGCUUCCGGGGUGGGGCUUGGAGGUUAAGGGUUAG